AUGGCAAAGGAUGUAGUGACUAUCAAGAAUGAGGGCUUAAAAAUUGAUGAAGAUACUAACUGCAGGCAAACAUUAAUUGAUGCCCAGCUGCCUAAAGAAACAUCAUUUGAUUUCCAGAAAAAGCUUACUCUCUCUAAACAUGAGAAACAAGACACUGAUUCUGGCUCUGUUUUGGGGAACAAUGAAGCAUACAAAAAACUUUUAGAGAUGGAAAAGGAAGAUGAGCUUCUUGAUCAGUCUUUUCAAUCCAGAAGUUUGACCAUGGAAAAAAUAAGAGCAAGUCGACAACAUUUUAUCCUUGUCGCAUCAUUGCUUGAUCGGAUACCCAAUCUUGCUGGGUUGGCACGGACAUGUGAGGUAUUUAAGGCAUCAGGACUAGCCAUUGCAGAUGCAAGCAUAUUACGUGAUAAACAAUUCCAGCUCAUCAGUGUGACAGCAGAGAAGUGGGUUCCUGUCAUAGAAGUCCCAGUGAAGAGUGUGAAGCAUUUCUUAGAGAAAAAGAAGCGAGAUGGCUUCUCCAUAUUGGGAUUAGAACAAACAGCAAAUAGUGUACCGCUCGAUCAGUAUGCCUUUCCCAAAAAGACGGUACUGGUCCUUGGACGUGAAAAGGAGGGCAUACCGGUGGACAUUAUCCAUAUGCUGGAUGCUUGCAUUGAGAUUCCCCAAUUGGGAGUAGUUAGGUCGCUUAAUGUUCAUGUUAGUGGGGCAAUUGCCCUCUGGGAGUGCAAUUUUGUGACCUCAGCUGAAGCAAAAGUUCUCAUUAUUCUGAUGGACGAUGAACCUGUUUUCUCUUUCAAAUCAAAGCUAGCCCACCCUAGGAAAUCAGAUUUGACUCUGGAUAGGAUUGAGGAGGUUUCUUUGGCGUACAAAGAGAGAUUAAGGACUAGCCAUGACAUUUUCUUAGAAUCUCUGCUUCAGAAAGAUACCUACAACAAGCUCUAUAGCUACACUCAUUUGAUUAAUGGGUUUGCAGUCAAAGUUCAGUCUAAGGAGGUCCUCAGAACUCUGAAGAAUGCAACAGGAGUUAGAGCUAUCCAUGAAGAUGUCAAAAUGGAGAAGUUUACGACACACACACCCCAUUAUCUUGGGAUUCCUGCUGGUGUUUGGCCAACUUUAGGGGGAGCAGAGAGUUCUGGUGAGGGGGUAACAAUAGGUUUUAUUGACACGGGAAUAAACCCUUACCAUCCAAGUUUUACUGGUGGUUCCUCUACACGAUUUACAAACAGUUCCACAUUCAAAGGAAAAUGUGUCGCCGGAGAGCAGUUCCCUUCAACAGCAUGUAACGGCAAGAUAGUUGGGGCACAAUAUUUUGCUCGUGCAGCAAUAGCUGCUGGUGAUUUCAAUGCAUCACGCGAUUAUGCGUCCCCCUUUGAUGCUGAUGGUCAUGGAAGCCAUACAGCUUCCACAGCUGCGGGAAACCACCAAAUACCAGUGAUUGCCAACGGCUUCAACUAUGGUUAUGCAAGUGGCAUGGCUCCUGGAGCAAGGAUUGCCGUGUACAAAGCUCUUUACACAUUUGGAGGCUAUAUGUCAGAUGUUGUGGCUGCUGUGGAUCAGGCAGUGGAGGAUGGAGUUGAUAUAUUAAGCCUCUCCAUAGGGCCAUCUAGUGUCCCUUCUGGUCCUUCUGCCUUCCUUAAUGUGCUAGAAAUGGAGCUUUUAUUUGCUACAAAAGCUGGAGUUUUUGUUGUUCAAGCUGCUGGAAAUGGUGGCCCUUCUUCCAGUUCAAUCCUUUCUUUUAGCCCUUGGAUCACCAGUGUAGCUGCCUCCAUCAUCGACCGCAAGUACAACAACACAAUCAUUCUUGGGGAUGGACGAAGCUUCUCUGGCACUGGUCUUGCCCCUCCAACAGCAGGAGAACUGCCUUACCAUAUAGCUGCAGCAGCCGAUGUCUCUCAUAGGAACAUCACCAGUGCUCUAGAAGUUGAGAGCUGUCAACAUCCAGAACACUUCAUCUUAUCUUUGGUUCGAAACAAGCUGAUCAUCUGCACUUAUACCUUUGACUUCGAAUAUGAAGCUGCAAGCAUUGCAGCUGUUGCAAACACUAUACAGAAGAUAGGGGCUGCAGGUUUUAUAAUCACAAUGGAUCCUGACAUUGGUUCCGAGCAAGUCAAGAGUACCACAAUGACUAUGCAAGUCUCUGCCAUUAUAUUGAACAACAUGCAAUCUUCCAGAGCUUUGUGGGAGUAUUAUAACUCAAAUACUAUCAGGAGUAAUAGUGGACAAGCUGUGGGUUUUGCUGCUAGGGCAAGAAUAUUGGACGGAAGGCAAGCAUUCUUUACUGGGCAGGCACCAAUUGUUGCAUCCUAUUCAUCUAGAGGUCCUGAUGUGAACAAUGCACUUUUGCAAACUGCUGAUGUCCUCAAACCAAAUGUCAUGGCUCCAGGAUCCUCCAUUUGGGCUGCUUGGAGCCCCAACAGUGAAGGAGAUGCUUCUAUCAAGGGACAAAACUUUGCACUUGUAUCUGGUACUAGCAUGGCUACUCCUCAUAUAGCUGGUGUUGCGGCUUUAAUCAAGCAGAAGCACCCCAGGUGGAGUCCUGCAGCUAUCACAUCAGCAAUGAUGGUGACUGCCAGCGCAUUUGACCACUCUGGCUCUCCCAUUUUAGCACAAUUGACUCACCAACUAGCUCCUGCUACACCAUUCGAUUUUGGUGCUGGAUCCAUAAACCCAGCUCGAGCCAUCGACCCAGGACUCAUAUUCAAUGCUCGUUUUGAACAAUAUGUCCAGUUUCUUUGUGCUGUUCCAGGUGUAGAUGAAGGUUCUGUAAGACGAGCAGUAGGAACUGGUUGCCCAACAAAGAGAAGAGCAUGGUGUUCAGAUUUGAACACCGCAAGUGUGACAAUUUCGAAUCUAGUUGGGUCAAGAAAGGUGAUUCGACGUGUUACAAACGUGAGUAGCAGGAAUGAAGUUUAUUGGGUGACUGUGAGGCAACCAUCAGGUGUAAACGUAACUGUCUCCCCUCAAGUUCUUAUGAUAAACGGUAAUGCUUCAAAGCAUCUUAGGAUUGUGUUGACGGCAAUUAAGGCAACGAGAACUUACACAUUCGGAGAGAUGGUGUUGCAUGGAAGCAGAAAGCAUGUUGUUAGAGUUCCUAUAGCUGUUUAUGUCAGCACAUCGUUGAAAGGUUGA